GCUCCCGCGGCUCCGCAUCCUCAGCCCCAGCGGCAGCCCCCGCAGUCGCCGAAGCGGCCGCGCCCGCCGCGGGGAGGGAGGAGCAUCUGGGGAGGUUCCAAGUUGGCGGAGCCACUGGGACCCCCCCAGACUCUUCAGCGGCGGCUCGGGGCGGGCCUGAGACACGAGCAGGGCAGGGGGCACCGCCUCGUCCCUAGUCCCCGAGCCCUGAGCCCUGACCCCUGCCCGCGGCCGCACCAUGCGCGCCGAGCCGGCGUGACCGGCUCCGCCCGCAGCCUCCCCGCAGCCGAGUCCGGCGCUCUCCCCGGUCAUAGCGAGCGGCGCCCCGGAGCUAUGAGCCAUGAACCCGCCCGGCAGCAGCUCCCGGCGGCCGCCCCUAGCGGGCUGCAGCUUCCCGCGAGCCUCCAGCGACCCCCGCGGCGGCGGCCCCGGCCCCGCCGGCCCGGCGCCUGCCCGCGCCCUGGCCCGCGCGCCUCCUUGCCGCCUGCUCGUCCUUCUCCUGCUGCCUCCUCUCGCCGCCUCGUCCUGGCCCCGAGCCUGGGGGGCUGCUGCACCCAGCGCUCCGCUGUGGAAUGAAACUACAGAAAAAAAAUUGGGAGCCCUGGCAGAUGAAGACAACACAUUGCAAUGGAAUAGCAGCAGUAACACCAGUCACAGCAGUGCCACGCAGAAGGAAAUAACACUGCCUUCAAGACUGGUCUAUUACAUCAACCAAGACUCCGAAAGCCCUUACCACGUUCUUGACACAAAGGCAAGGCACCAGCAAAAGCAUAACAAGGCUGUCCAUCUGGCCCAGGCAAGCUUCCAGAUUCAGGCCUUUGGCUCCAGGUUUAUUCUUGACCUCACACUGAACAAUGGCUUGCUGUCUUCUGAUUACGUGGAGAUUCACUAUGAGAAUGGGAAACCACAGUACUCUAAGGGUGGAGAGCACUGUUAUUACCAUGGGAGCAUCCGAGGCGUCAAGGACUCCCGGGCAGCUCUGUCGACCUGCAAUGGACUUCAUGGUAUGUUUGAAGAUAAUACCUUUGUGUAUAUGAUUGAACCACUGGAGCUGAUUCAUGAUGAGAAAAGCACAGGUCGACCACAUAUAAUCCAGAAAACCUUGGCGGGACAAUAUUCUAAGCAAAUGAAGAAUCUCAGUGUGGAAAGCAGUGAUCAGUGGCCCUUUCUAUCUGAAUUACAGUGGUUGAAAAGGAGAAGGAAGAGAGCAGUGAAUCCAUCUCGUGGUGUGUUUGAAGAAAUGAAAUAUUUGGAACUUAUGAUUGUUAAUGAUCACAAAACGUAUAAGAAGUAUCGCUCUUCUCAUGCACACACCAACAACUUUGCAAAGUCUGUGGUCAACCUCGUAGAUUCUAUUUACAAGGAGCAGCUCAAUACCAGGGUUGUCCUAGUGGCUGUGGAGACCUGGACUGAGAAGGAUCACAUCGACAUCACCACCAACCUUGUGCAGAUGCUCCAUGAAUUCUCCAAAUACCGGCAGCGUAUCAAGCAGCACGCCGAUGCUGUGCAUCUCAUCUCGCGCGUGACAUUCCACUAUAAGAGAAGCAGUCUGAGUUACUUCGGAGGUGUCUGUUCUCGCACGAGGGGAGUUGGUGUGAAUGAGUAUGGUCUUCCAAUGGCAGUGGCACAAGUAUUAUCGCAGAGCCUGGCUCAAAACCUUGGAAUCCAAUGGGAACCUUCUAGCAGAAAGCCAAAAUGUGACUGCACAGAAUCCUGGGGAGGCUGCAUAAUGGAGGAAACAGGGGUAUCCCAUUCCAGAAAAUUCUCAAAGUGCAGCAUUUUGGAAUAUAGAGACUUUUUACAGAGAGGGGGUGGAGCCUGCCUUUUCAACAGGCCAACGAAGCUAUUUGAGCCCACAGAAUGUGGAAAUGGAUACGUAGAAGCUGGGGAGGAAUGUGAUUGUGGUUUCCAUGUGGAAUGCUAUGGUUUGUGCUGUAAGAAGUGCUCUCUCUCCAAUGGGGCCCACUGCAGCGAUGGGCCCUGCUGCAACAAUACCUCAUGUCUGUUUCAGCCAAGAGGAUAUGAAUGUCGGGAUGCUGUGAAUGGGUGUGAUAUUACCGAGUACUGUACUGGGGACUCGGGCCAGUGCCCACCAAAUCUUCAUAAACAAGAUGGAUAUGCAUGCAAUCAAAAUCAGGGUCGCUGCUACAGUGGGGAGUGCAAGACCCGGGACAACCAAUGUCAGUACAUCUGGGGAACAAAGGCUUCGGGGUCCGACAAGUUCUGCUAUGAAAAGCUGAACACAGAAGGCACGGAGAAGGGAAACUGUGGGAAGGACGGAGACCGAUGGAUUCAGUGCAGCAAACAUGAUGUGUUCUGUGGAUUUUUACUCUGUACCAACCUUACCCGAGCUCCACGUAUUGGUCAACUUCAGGGAGAGAUCAUCCCAACUUCCUUUUAUCAUCAAGGCCGGGUGAUUGACUGCAGUGGUGCUCAUGUGGUUUUAGAUGAUGACACAGAUGUGGGCUACGUGGAAGAUGGAACUCCAUGUGGCCCAUCGAUGAUGUGCUUAGAUCGGAAGUGCCUACAGAUUCAGGCCCUGAAUAUGAGCAGCUGCCCACUCGAUUCCAAGGGUAAAGUCUGCUCAGGCCAUGGGGUGUGUAGUAAUGAAGCCACCUGCAUCUGUGAUUUCACCUGGGCGGGAACAGACUGCAGUAUCCGGGAUCCAGUGAGGAACCUUCAUCCCUCCAAGGAUGAAGGACCCAAGGUGAACCUGGCCACGAGCAGGCUAAUAGGUGCUGUGGCAGGCACCAUUCUGGCCCUGGGGGUGAUUUUUGGAGGCACGGGGUGGGGAAUAGAAAAUGUCAAGAAGAGGAGGUUCGAUCCUAGUCAGCAAGGCCCCAUCUGAAUCAGCUGCGGCGGAUGAACGGUGCCUCGCACUGUUGGAUUCUGGAUGUGGCGCGCUUUCAGCAAUGUUGCCGGAACUGUUAAGUCUGUAAACAAGAACACUGGGUGGUCAUGACUGUAGAACUCAAGUUGGGGUGACCAGGAUGAGGUCAAAGAAAACUGUCCUUUUUGGAAAUCAUUUCAAAGAACUCCUCCCACCACCUGUCAAUAAAAGGGGGAGCAAAAGACAAUGUUCUAAAAAGAACUGUUUCAGAAUCUCCUUUUUUUUUUUUCUAAAGGAAGAAGGAACAACAACAAAAAUUAAGUGCAAUAAAUGAACCAUUAAAGAUAGCAAAUGAUUUUGUUUUUCUUCCUCAGCCUGCUGGCACUUAAUAUCUUCUAAAUGAUCUGGCAUGAUUUCUUUUCUCUUUUCCUACCAAUGACACACUCCAGUGGCAUGAAGAUCUAAUUUUCGAAAGGGUAAAAUCUGCAUGGCAUAUCUACAACAAGCAGCUAGCAAGCCAACCCGCAGCCAAACCUGCAACUGAAUUCCUAAGGUGGACAUGACAGGUGAACAUGAGGAGGCUGCCUGGCCCCGCCCCCUAGUCUAGACCAGGCCACCAACUCUCUGCGCUCCUUGAUUCAUUCUUUCAUUCAGUUUCUCUUGGACCAGGCAGCCAUGGGACAUGGGAGCUGGGACUUGAGAGUGGAUACUAUUGUAAAGUUCUUUUAUAAAUGUAAAUAUGGAAAUAAGAGAUUUUGACACAUCCUGUU